CAAUCAUAUUUUCAAAUGUUUUUAAGUUUCAAUGUGCUUAUAUUUUAAAUAUAAUUCAUAAUGGGGGUGAAGCCUAAUAAUGAGGAUAAACCAGAUAGCAAUUAUGUAUUCAGUAGAAAGGCUGGCAGAAGUAUUAUAGAGCGUCGGCCCGUGUUUUCACCAGAUGGCGAGUCUGUAUUGUUGAUCGUAGAAAAUAUAGUAAGAGUUUACAAUAUACAAACAGGGGACUGUUCUCGUACACUAGAAACUGAAACCCCUGUCAAAGAGCUAGUGGCUGUACAAUUCCCGGAUAAUGAAGAAUACAAUUUAUAUGGAUGUUCUGAAUCUGGCUGCGUUACGACUUGGACUUGGGAGAAUGGUGCUGUGCUAAGGGAAAUUAAUCUUCAACUUCCAGAUGAAAUGAAAAUUAUGACAUUUGAUUUACUUGAUAGUAAUGAAUGUUUUAUCACAGCAUUUAGACCAUAUAAUAGGAAUCUUUAUCUUGCCACCUACUCGGUGAAGACUGGAUGUAUUGUUCAUGAAUACAUGGAGACCAGUCCAAUUUAUUACAAUAUUGUAAGAGUCGCAGUCGGCUGGUGCUAUGGUGAUAGAUUUGCAGCUAUUAUAAAUGGUACAGCAAGGGUUUACAUACAAAAUUUAUAUCAACCACAUGUUAAAACUGAAAUUGUAAAUCACAAUAAAUUUAGGAUAUUAUCAGUAGCAGCGCACCACAGUGAAAAUGCAAUCGCAGUAACAGAUGCAUUUGGACGUGUUACUCUAUUCAGAGGGAAUUUAUACGACUACAGGAAUGUUGCUAGGGAAGUUUUGCAUUGGCAUUUCCUACCUCCACUUGCUGUGUGUUUUUCAGUUCAAGGAAAUUACUUAAUGUCUGGUGGUAUGGAGAAGGUGUUAGUGAAAUGGACAUUGGGCCAUUUGGCUAACAAAGCAAAUGAGAAGAUCUUCAUACCUCGACUUCCAGGCAUGAUAAGAUUUAUCACAGCCAAUAGCUCUCACAUUGCACUCACUUUGACUAACAAUUCGGUUGUGAUAGCGAGUGCUCAAUUACGUGUGCUGUCCACUGUACUGGAGUGUGGAGGACUGUCUCCAGUGGCGCGCGCCAUCAACACAGCGCUGGUGUAUCACCGACCGUUAGACGCAUUGCUGAUGAGUGGCAGAACUGGACAUUUGCAGUUGUACUCCACUGCAUCUGAUAAAGUGCUUUAUAAUAUUGAUAUAACGGAAAUUAAUAGUACACCAUCCGAAAGAAAGAACCUCAUUCCACUGGAGACGGAGAUCACAUGUGUAACCGUCAGUGGAAACGGCACUUGGCUCGUCACCUCCGAGUACAGGAACGAUGGCAUCACAUACCCUGAGGAAAAGCUAAAAUUCUGGUUGGCACAGAAAAAAAAUCCAUCACCGUUCAAACUCAACACAUGCGUUAAUCUAUCACACGGUGGAUGCAAUGUUGUGUCUUUAGCUAUCAACUUUAGAGGUCAGUUUUGCGUAUCCGCGGGCAGCGAUCAGAAGAUAAGGAUUUGGAAGAGGGAGACAACGAUAUUACCACAUAAGAAAAUAAUAAUUUGGAGUUGUGUGACCACUUGUUAUUAUUCAUCGGGGACUGCACAAUUUCUAUCUCACAGUAUGCUUAAUAACUUCAAAAUAGGAGAGAAUGUUGAAAAAGGGCGUGUGGAGACUAUGCCUUAUUUGACUGAAGUUGGUCGAAAGGAUGAUAUAAUAGGGCGGAUAUUGAAUAUACACAAAGAGCACUCUACAUUUAAAGGGGUAGAUAGUGUUGAGGAAGAUGAUGAGUUUAGUAUGGGUGGUGUUGCCAUAUCACAGGAUGGGUCAUUAAUCGCAGCGUGGUUCGGCUGCAAGCUGACAUUAUGGGACUCACAUUUGUGCAAUUUACGGUCUACAUUGACUCACCCCGCACUUCGGCCUAAAGGUGUACAAGUUCAGUUCGGAAGCAAUGAUGCUGCACAUUAUUUGGUGUGCACGACGAGCAGCUGCGUGGCGGUGUGGAGCUUGCUGUCGCUGACGAUGAAGUGGUGCGUCCCGCUGCAGCCCACCUGCCUCGCUGCCGACCCCGCUUCCAACAGGAUGGCGAUCACCACUGCUAACAACGAUGUGUAUAUCUUCACGCCGCAUAACUCCACCCCCCUGAUGGUGCACAAAGGGCUGUUAGACCCUCGCUCCGGCGUCUUCAGGCAGUGCAGCUUCGCCGCCGCGCCCAAGGACCUGCUCAAGAUAUACCUCAUGAGGAAUAACUCCGAGAUCUACUGCGUAGAGCCGGCGCAGAGCGAGGAGGGGCGGCUGGAGGCGCUGUCGCGGCGCAGCAUGCCGGCGAGCAUGUUCGGCGCGCUGCUCGCCGACCACCGCGUGUCGGAGGUGGCGGCGCGCAGCGCACCGCUGCACUCGGCCGACCUGCGCGCCCUCGGCAGGAAUGUUAUCUCACAGUUCCUGUCCGCCGCUCCCCACAUGAUGCCUCCGAUGAGUCUACUCUGUACACCGAUACUUGAACAUAUAUCUGGUCAGAGAGAAUCUGAAACUGUCGAAGAGGAAGAAAUAGAGGAAAUGGAGGUCGACGCUGUCUCCAGUGAUGAUGAAGAAGUCGAUAAGAAAUUAGAAAUAUCGCAAUCGCCGAAAAUAGCAGAAUUAUGGACUCCAAAUUACGAAGAAGUCAAGGAGAAGAGAUUACGGAAAAUAUUAAAUGAACCUUUCCUGGAUCUACACGAUUCACAAACUAUAUUUGAAUAAAUUAAUUCAAAAUUA